AUGAAGUCAGAUUUUAGGUGAGCGCAUUGAAAACUUUUCACAUUCCAAGAGAUGUAGCAAUGAUCAAAUCUUGUUUCUGAGUUAGGCUUUGAAUCUAAAUGCAAUACUGGUGUGAGUUAGAGUGGAUUCUCUUGACUCAAAGUGGACAAACAACAUUGUCUUGUGAUUGUUUCUUAGUCUUGUGCCUUCAGCAUCUCAGCUCAUGGCUUAGUGUGUUCUUGGCUCACCCUCUGAGUCAGCCAGAGCUUGUAUUAUUGAUAAGUUGGCUCAGUUAUUUAGGUCCACAAUCUGCUCUAGAAUAAAGUAUUAUAACAGAACAAAGAAAGAUAUGUAGCUGAGAAACUGAUGAUCUUCUAUGGGCCCUCUGUUUUUUUUUGUUGUUUUUAACAUGGUUGUUUUACAUAUUAUUUGUGACACUUUUCUUAUACUUAAACUGUAUUAAUGUAUAGAUAUUGCUUUUCAUUCUUUGCUUAGUAUUUUCUUGUUCUGACUGAUUGUGUUUAAAGAUUUUCAAUAUUGGCACAAAUGUUUCUGUCACUGUUAAAACAGUGUUACACGUGAUAAAGAAUGACAGAUCUCCUGUUUGUUAUGUGAACCCAAUGGGGUAAUUGCUCACAGAGCUACCCCUCCCACCCCUUCAUCCAUCCCUCUGGACUAUUCAAACAUUUUGUGGUUUCUGCUUGCUGGCUUAACAAAACUGCACUACAGGUUUAAAUUCCUGUAAUAAAACUCCUAUUUAACCCAUUCCUUUUUUUCUUUAUUUUCUAAGAGGACACUUCUCUCUGAAUUGAUUUAAGUCUUUCUAUGCAUACAACCCGGUUGCCAUGGUGACCUACCUGCAGCAUAGCAACAACCUCAGCGCCGGCCACAGCUCCGUCUCGGAGACCAGCGCCGGAGCGCUGAGCCGGGUGGGUCACACCGCGACGGCCGUCGUCCUCGGGUUCGUCCUGGUUCUGGGCUUCCUGGGAAACUUCCUGGUGCUGCUGGUGUUUUCUCGGUUCCCCGGACUGCGGACUCCGGCCAACCUGUUCCUCAUCAACAUCAGCGUCAGCGACAUGCUCGUCUGCAUCUUCGGGACUCCGCUCAGCUUCGCCGCCAGCGUGAGAGGCAGGUGGCUGACUGGAUCCUACGGGUGCCGCUGGUACGGGUUCUCCAACGCGCUUUUCGGUAUCGUAUCUCUGGUGUCUCUGUCUCUGCUGUCCUUGGAGCGCUACUCCUCAGUCUGCUGCAGCAUCCACUCGGAUUCCUCUCAGUACCGGAGGGCUCGUCUCGCUGUCGCAGCCUCCUGGUUCUACUCGCUGGCCUGGACUCUGCCGCCACUGCUGGGCUGGAGCAGCUACGGGCCAGAGGGUCCUGGUACCACCUGCUCGGUCCAGUGGCACCAACGGACAGCCGCAUCUCGCUCCUACAUCGUCUGUUUGUUCGUUUUCUGCCUCCUCCUGCCGCUGCUGCUCAUGUUCUUCUGCUACUGGAGGAUCCUGCUGGCUGUACGAGUGGUGGCGAGACAGGUCGCCAGGAUCAACAGGUCCUCAGCUGAGUUGAGGGAAAGCCGCGUCCUGCUGAUGGUGGUCGCCAUGGUGACUGGCUACCUGUUGUGCUGGAUGCCAUACGGUGUUGUGGCGAUGCUGUCCUCCUUUGGACGUCCCGGCAUGGUGCCGCCUGCUGCCAGUUUAAUCCCCUCCCUGCUGGCAAAGUCCAGCACCGUCCUCAACCCGGUCAUUUAUGUUCUGCUCAAUGCACAGUUCUCCAGGUGUUUCCUCUACAUGAUGAGGUGCAGCUCAGAGGCGCCAUCCUCCCCGAUGGAGCCAACGCAACCCAGCAGCAGGGCAGCGUGGCCUCACGAUCCCAACCUGCCAACAGAGGAACAAAACACAACACCCGCCGUGCUCACGUCUAGAGACCAGCAGGUACAGCAACCCACUCUGGUGCUGGUGGCUCAAUAGGAAACAGAGUAUAAGAACCAUCUGAACAAGACUCUGUAUACUUCAGGUAUUCUGAAAUACAAAAGCAAAACGUG